UAGUGGUUAUUGACUGAAUGUGGUCAUCCACAGACAGGUGGAGGAGACGAAUUGCACCGUGGUUGGACUUGGCCGUGCGGGACUGGGUUGGGCUGCAGGACGCGCAGCGGUGGACGCUGUGCACGCUCGGUGCACGCUCGGUGCGCGCGGUCUCCUGCAGCUGCUGGAUUCACAGUAUGAUCCCAGAUCCAGAACAUGGUUUGGCUGAUUUUCGCGCACACGCUGGACAGUUAAAUGUGGACGCGGAGGACGAGGGACGUAGUUGCAAUGGAUUAAUGAGGCGUGCACAUGGGCUUGGAUUUUUUUCCCCCUGAGAUUAUUGGCACAUUAUAUAUACAUGUAUCACUCUGCCUCGGCCAUGGAGAACCAAGCAGCCGAGCCGCAGAAUUACGAAGACGUGCAGAAAAGCGGCUAUCUCCGCAAGCAUAAAUCAAUGCACCGGCGGUUCUUCGUGCUGAGGGCGGCCUCCGAGCACGGUCCCGCUCGACUCGAGUAUUACGAGAACGAGAAGAAAUUCCGCAGUAAAUCACCUGUGCCCAAAAAAGUCCUCAGCCUGGAGACUUGCUUCAACAUUAACAAGCGGGCAGAUUCCAAGAACAAGCACAUGAUCGUCCUUUAUACCCGCAGCGAGAGCUUUGCCAUCUCUGCGGACAGCGAGGAUGUCCAGAAUGAGUGGUACCAAGCGAUGCUGGACCUCCAGGGAAACUGUAAAACUCCUGAAGACUACGGCAGUAGUGGAGAGUGUAGCUCUCCGUCUCCUGUUCCAACCGUCAAAGAAGUAUGGCAGGUCAAGGUGUGGCCGAAAGGUCUUGGCCAUGCCAGGAACUUAGUGGGCAUCUACCGGCUGUGCCUCACUGACAAGACGGUCAACUUUGUCAAACUCAACUCCGAUGUGUCAUCUGUGGUGUUGCAGCUGAUGAAUGUUCGCAGGUGUGGCCAUUCAGAGAAUUUCUUCUUCAUUGAGGUGGGCCGCUCAGCAAUCACCGGCCCUGGAGAGUUCUGGAUGCAGGUGGAUGACUCUGUGGUGGCCCAGAACAUGCACGAGACACUGCUGGAGGCCAUGAAGGCCCUAAGUGAGGAGUUCCGUCAGCGCAGUAAAUCUCAGUCUGUGGGGACGUCGUGCGGGGGCGGUACAGCUUCAAACCCCAUCAGUGUCCCGAGCCGUCGACAUCAUCCAAAUCUGCCACCGAGCCAGGUGGGCUUCUCCAGACGAGCCCGCACGGAGACCCCUGGAACAGGAGGCAGCAGCACGAGCACGUCGCCCACGUCGCGCCACGGAUUCCCGAGGGCGCGGACAGCCAGCAUCGGGGCCAGGUCGGAAGAGGGCGGAGCAAGUGCCAAAGGGACAUGGGCCAGCUCCAGCCCGAGUCUUAACGGCUCCUGUUCAACCACCCCGACACUGAGGACCAAACCCACCCGGGCCCCGACUCCUGCUAAGAUCACCCUUAGCCUUGCACGAUACACGCCUAAUCCCGCACCUUCUCCUGCGCCCAGUCUGUCCUCCAGCUCUGGCCAUGGCUCAGAGUGUGGCCUGGUGGGGGCAGCGGUGGGGGGCAUGACGAUCUGCUCCUACCCUCGCGUUUCUCAGAGAGUUUCUGUUUCGGGAUCACCGAGCGACUACGGCUCCUCAGAUGAAUACGGCUCCAGUCCUGGGGAACACUCUCUGCUUGUACCCAGUCUGUCUGGACAUCCCGUACAUGGAGAAGGCUCCUCCAGCUAUAUAGUGAUGGGACAGCGAGAGGGCCUCCUCGGUUCCCAUCAUCGCUCCAAAGGCCGACGUAUUUUGCGCCGCUCGUCAAAUAGGGAAUGUGAGGCAGAACGCAGGCUAUUAAGCAAAAGAGCUUCUCUGCCUUUGGCAGCUCACGAACGGCUGACCCCACAUAGAAAAGAGGAAGACGAUGAAGACGACGAAGAGUAUGCCAUCAUGUCGCAGAGUACUAAUCGCGAGAGGGCGGGCUCAGGGGGUUUGGCAGCUGUGGGUGGGCAGCUAGACGCAGGAGGGAAAAAAAGAGGCAAGAGGACUGACAAAAGCAGGCGAGAAGUGGAAGGUGGGGCAGCCACGGAUAGCGGCUACAUGUCAAUGUUGCCGGGAGUCACUUCUCCCCCCGUUCCACUCUCUCUCUCCAUAGGUACGUCUGACCCCAGAGCUAAACCUGGGGCAGAUGACGAGUAUAUGGCCAUGACCGCCAACAACAGCGUGUCCCCCCCUCAGCAUAUCUGCCACCCCAGCACAGAGGGCUACAUGGUCAUGUCCCCCAACAGCAGCAGCUCCACGGACCUGCACGGACUGGCUAUGUGGGACAGCAGGGCCAGCAUGGAGAGCCGGGCUGCCAGUGACUACAUGAACAUCUCGCCUGUGUGCAGCCGCUCUGCCUGCAGCACGCCGCCUUCCCACCCCGAACAGCACCAACUGCAACCAAAAAUGUUCAAUUCCUACUUCUCUCUGCCAAGAGCUUAUCAACAUACUCUCUAUAGUCGCUUUGAGGAAGACUUAAACAAAGGGGAGGGGGAAAAAGACAGCAGUGGGCAUCACAGUGGUGGAAGGGGAGGGGGAGUGGGAUACAGCAAGAGAAACAAAAUCGCAGCGAGCUCUACUGGAGGCUGUCAACUCUCCAUGUCUUCCUCUUCCUUCUCCUCCAGCUCCGCCAGCAGUGAGAGCCUGGAAGACAAGUCCAUCUCGGCAGGGAGAGGGUUGAGCUUAUUAAGGACUGCAGCCUGCGCAAAAGAUGGGCGCCAUCAUCAAAAACGGGGAUCAAGUAGUAAGAGCCCAAAGCAACAAAGGAGGGGUCGUCCGGUCAGCAUGUCCUCAGACAUUGUUAAAGCAAACACCCUUCCGAGGGUGAAGGACAAUCUGCUGCCAUCCGUGUCACCAAAUGUCGGUGAGUACGUCAGUAUUGUGUUCAAGGAGGACAAUAAGUAUGUCAGAGGGCGAUGUUCGGUGUCAGAACGUGGACAACCUAUGAUCCAUGGAACCCUCCGGCCUUUGAACCGACCCCUCCUCUGCCACGAUAAUCCCGCCGCCCUCCCUCGCAGCUUCUCAGCUCCGUUGUCCACCUCCGCUGAAUAUGUCAGCAUGGAUUUAGGCAAUUCCUCAUCUAACAAAAGUCCCCGGAUUCCUGUUAGAUCCACGUUCAGCACCCCACAGGGCCCACCGGCCGGUGCCCCCAAGGACCGGCAUGAACAAAGCAAGUCUCCUGCGGCAGGGGACAGUGCAGGUUACAAAGCAAAAGUAAAGAUGACAGCAAUGACAACAGAAUCCCCAACUACAUUCAAGGACAAGAAAGGUUCAGAUCCUUGCAUCCCCGCAAGACCUGGUCAGCCCUCAUCCAUGGAGCCGGAGGCAGGCUUGGGCUUCUCCCCAGUCAAGUCCUACAAGUCUCCCGAGCGCAGCGGCAGAUUGGCCCGAGGUGACUCGCAGGGCCGGCCGAGUCACCUUUCAGAGGCAUUUACCUCACCUCCCUCCCACCCUCGUCAUCCACCCUCUUCUACCUCCAUCUUCCCGGAGGGCAGCCAGGCGGCGAGCCAUCGGCACGGUUUGGAUUGCUCACCGUGGGAGAACAGGCAGGCGGCUAGUUUAUCUGCCACACCUCCAUCACAGGCCUCCACCUCAUCUGCUCAACAAGGCCUUAACUACAUUGACCUUGAGCUGGCCAUUAAGGAGAGCCCUCAAGCCGGAGUGGAGCGCACCGCCGCCGCCUACAACAUCGGAGGAAGCGCCAUGGGAAGCAGUGCUGCCUCCGGCCUCAAUACAUAUGCCAGUAUUGAUUUCUAUAAGUCAGAGGAACUGAGAGCACACCAGGGCAGUAGAACGGAUGGUCGGGAUUGUUGGUCUCCAACAGAUUGUUGAGGGGGCGUUCGGCGGCCCGAUUUGUUGCCACAACACAACCGUACCCCGGAGUGUGAAAACCCUGGACAACUCCUCCCCAUCCUGGUGGCUGUUUUCAGUCAACCAAAUGUGUGCCAAACACACACACACACACACACACACACACACACGCACAUUAGCUAAGAAAAAAAAACGUUUUGUUUUUGCCUUGAUUUGAACAAACAUGACUUUUGAUCACCUUUUAGCUUAAUACAGAUAAAGGAUGACAGGUUGAUAUGUGACUGUGGGUGACUUCUCAGGUGGCCAUUCUGGCAAAACAAAUGUCCAUCUGUGCAUCUUAAUUUCAAAUAACUGUUCAUUUAAAACAAUCUUUCAAACUAUCCUAAGUCAUUCUCAGCUGCACUCUGGAUUGUUAUUUAUUAAGUGCCAAACUUGAGGUUCAUGUUUUUAUAGAUCGUCCUUUGUGUAUUAAGUUAAAUGAUCAUCAGGUGUCAUUUUGACUGAAAAAGGAAGGAAGUACAGAUUGAAAGAGGCUUUCAUACACUUACACAUUCUCUGUCACUGUUCAAAUAAUUGGUUUAUUACAUACAGUUGCCCAAAAAAGCCUUUAUACUUCUUGACCACUUUUCUUGUGCUAUACUGUUUGAUUUCUGAGGUAUUAUUAGGUUUAUAUUAUUGACCAUUACAUAAUCAUAUACAAAUGAAAUUUACAUUUUUCAUUAAUUUCCUGUUUUUUUUACAUAAGGGAAAUUGGCCGUGUUGAAAUCCCACCCAUCUGAUGCAUUCUUUAUGAAAUACACAAAAGUGUAUUAAAUAGCAUAUCAUAGUAUUACAAAUUCCUUUUCACACGGCAUUUGACCUCCCACUCUUGAACUCUGAGCUUUAGUCUUUUUUCCUACACAGAAGACACAGACAUUUUAUUCCUAAAUCUUUCAAUGUGCACUAACCCAGGAUACGUGCUUAGACAGCCCUACCUUUUGAUUCUUCAUAAACAAAUCAUGUUUUAUCGACUCCUGUAGCUCAUCCUCGAAUGCUGCAGGUAUUAUUACUAGGUGUAUUUCAGUGGUGUUUCGGAUAUUUGGUGGAGUCAUUCAUAUAGUGGUGAGUAAGGAAUGAGGAGAAGGUUAACCUAUCAUCUGUCGCCUCAGUGAGAAUUCUGUCCUUUUCAUAUAAUGUCUGCCCUGUGUUAUACAAUAAUUGAACAUAUUUACAUAUUCACCAAUACUCCAAACCUUGUGUAACUGCAAUCAACAGAAAAACAUUUAAUCAUCGUUUAAUUGGAUCAAAAGAGGUGCAUACACAAACAGCAAUGUAUUUAUUCAGUAAUAACCAUAAGCAACAUUGCAUAAAAAUUGCCAAAUUAACAUAAUGUUCUGCUAUGC